CCCCGCCCCCCAGCCCGCCCCCGGCCCCGGGUGCGAAUCCGGUGCCGGCGAGCGGCGGGAGAUGCUGGAGGUUUGCGAGCCGAAGCGGCUGCAGCUGGCGCCGCGUCUGCCCCGCGUGCCCGGAGCGGAUUCUGCCCGCCGCCCCCGGAGCCCUCGGCGCCCCACUGAACACGCGAUCGCUUCCUCCGUGUGACCGACCGGCGCUGCAGCUCCGAGCCCGGCAAUGCCGUUUGGGUGUGUGACUCUGGGCGACAAGAAGAACUAUAACCAGCCGUCGGAGGUGACUGACAGAUAUGAUUUGGGACAGGUCAUCAAGACUGAGGAGUUCUGUGAGAUCUUCCGGGCCAAGGACAAGACGACAGGCAAGCUGCACACCUGCAAGAAGUUCCAGAAGCGGGACGGCCGCAAGGUGCGGAAGGCAGCCAAGAACGAGAUAGGCAUCCUCAAGAUGGUGAAGCAUCCCAACAUCCUACAGUUGGUGGAUGUGUUUGUGACCCGUAAGGAGUACUUCAUCUUCCUGGAGCUGGCCACGGGGAGGGAGGUGUUUGACUGGAUCCUGGACCAGGGUUACUACUCGGAGCGAGACACGAGCAACGUGGUGCGGCAGGUCCUGGAGGCCGUGGCCUACUUGCACUCACUCAAGAUAGUGCACAGGAACCUCAAGCUGGAGAACCUGGUUUACUACAAUCGGCUGAAGAACUCAAAGAUCGUCAUCAGUGACUUCCACUUGGCUAAGCUAGAGAAUGGCCUCAUCAAGGAGCCCUGUGGGACUCCCGAGUACCUGGCCCCGGAGGUGGUAGGGCGGCAGCGGUAUGGACGCCCUGUGGACUGCUGGGCCAUUGGAGUCAUCAUGUACAUCCUGCUUUCAGGGAACCCACCCUUCUACGAGGAGGUAGAGGAAGAUGACUAUGAGAACCACGACAAGAACCUCUUCCGCAAGAUCCUGGCUGGCGACUAUGAAUUUGACUCUCCAUAUUGGGAUGAUAUUUCACAGGCGGCCAAAGACCUGGUAACAAGGCUGAUGGAGGUGGAGCAAGACCAGCGCAUCACCGCAGAAGAGGCCAUCUCCCAUGAGUGGAUUUCUGGCAAUGCUGCUUCCGACAAGAACAUCAAGGAUGGGGUCUGUGCCCAGAUUGAAAAGAACUUUGCCAGGGCUAAGUGGAAGAAGGCUGUCCGAGUGACCACCCUCAUGAAGCGGCUCCGCGCACCGGAGCAGUCCGGCACAGCGACAGCCCAGUCCGCCCCAGCCACAGACACUGCCGCCGCUGGUGCUGCAGGUGGGGUCGCAGCUGCAAGUGGGGCUGCCCCAGCCCUUGGGGGCAGUGCCACCUCAGCCAUAGCGGGUGCUGCUGCUCUUGCCACAAAGAGCGAUGAUAUAGGCCCCGCAGACCGUAGUGCCACCCCAGCCACCGAUGGCAGUGUCACCCCAGCCACCGACGGCAGUGUCACCCCAGCCACCGAUGGGAGCAUCACCCCAGCCACCGAUGGGAGCAUCACCCCAGCCACUGAUAGGAGUGUUACUCCAGCCACUGAUGGGAGAGCCACACCAGCCACGGAAGAGAGCACCAUGCCCACCACCCAAAGCAGUGUCACACCAGCCACCAAGGCAGCUGCCACCCCUGAGCCGGCUUUGGCCCAGCCGGACAGCACAGCCCCUGGGGGCACAACAGGCCAGGCCCCGCCCUCUAGUAAAGGGGAAGAGGCUGCUGGCUUUGCCCAGGAGUCUCGGAGGGAGGAGACCAGCUGAGUGAGCAGGCUGGUGUGGGAUAGGGGGCGGGCAGGAGGGUGGGAGAGUGGAUGAGGGGCUUCUCACUGUACAUAAGAGUCACUGGCAUGAUGCCCUUGCUCCCCUCCUGCCCCUGCCUCCCAGUGUGGGGCAUGUCUGGGGGCCACGGGAGAGCAGUCUCAUCUCCUGUGUGUAUGUGCGUGAGUGGUGGGCAGGCCAGAGGCAGGACCGGCCCCAGCCCCUGCAUGGAUUCCUUGUGGCUUUUCUGUCUUUCGCUAGCUUCACCAGUUUCUGUUCCUUGCGGGAUGCUGCUCUAGGGAUAUUCAGGAGGUCCCUGCUCCCUUUCCCCUUCCUUUUUUGCCUCAUGAUUUCCCCAGGCAGGCCCUGCAGGCCCCAUCCUCUCCCAGGCCCUAAACUUGGGUGGCCUUGCCCUGAGAGCUGGUCCUCCAGCGAGGCCCUGUCAGCGGUCUUAGGCUCCUGCACAUGAAGGUAUGUGCCUGUGGUAUGUGGGCUGCUCUAAGAACGGACACAGGCUGGUAGAGAGAAUGUAUAAAUCUAGGGCAGUGUACUUUAAGACAAAGACUGGUCGCAUGGUGGGGGGCACUGCUUGGUAGCUUUGGGGGUCCUCAGAAGUGAAAGAGAAUGAGUAGGAGGGUAGAAAAGUCCACCUUUGUUCCUGGAAAUUUCCCACCAAUACCCUUGUGCUAUUUCCUGCCCUCCUGGGUUCUGCAGUGGGUUGCCCUGUGCCCUGAGCUUCAUAAGCCUGUCAGGGGAAGAAGGAACAGUUCAGGAUGUGAGAACAAUGAAAACCGGGAAGGCAGUGUGCAGGCCCAGUACCUAGGGCACUGGCCUAGCUGGGUCCUUACCCUGAGCCAGACAGGGAGGGCUGAUACCCCUUGGCUCUUCUCUGUUGGUGUUGGUGUCCCUCAGGCUACGGCUACGGUUGUCUCCAUCCCAGGGGGCCUGCUGCAUGGCAGUGUCCUAUAGUCUGAUUUGGGGGUUUGCCCUUCACAGGGGCAAAUUUCUGCUCUCCUAAUUCAAAAAUAAAAGAGGAACUUCCCCCUUCCCCCCAUGUCUGUGACCCAUUUCCCCUUCUGUCAGGGCUUAGAGAGAGAGGCCCAGGUGCCUCUGAGCUAUGCUGAGUUGCAUUUCCUGGGAUGAUAAAGUGGAAUAAGGCUCCCCAGUUUUCCUGAUGGAGGCUCCUGGCAGGUGCCCUUUGUCAGACCCCACCACAGCUUGGGCAGGCAGCCACACUGGUCCUGGCCUUCGCUCAGCACUCCAGUGGCAGUCCUGCCCUCCUCCCUGCAUGCCUGUGGGUCUGCUCUGGUGUAUGAAGGUUGGUAGGCUAACUGUGUGCCUGCUGAACCUGGCAAAUAAAUGUCACCCUGCCAAAGCCUCUGGCCAUC